GGAUCUCCUACGGAUAGCAGGGUCCUAUCUUGAAGAUCUCCUCCCCGAAGAAGCAGCCCAGAAAUGGCCGACAGGCUGACUUUGAGUUUCCAUUCGCCGAUUACGGAACAGAAAAAUCUCAUGACUGGGACUCUGGAGGAGAGAAAAGAGGCUUUCAAGUGCGACGAGGAGCUCAUGAGAGAGACCACGAGGUUCGUCACCGAAGUCAUCGAGACUGCUGCCACGGAGGCUUCCAAGAGAAAACACCAGACCGAGGGCAUGGAAAUCAGCGAAGAGAGCAGAUUGAAAGCUGGAGAUCGGAUCGCUGGAUGGAACCACCGAGCUCGCGGAUUCUGCAACCGGAUGUUAAACGCUAUUUGCCCUUGCUUCACCAACUCUGAAUUAUUCGCCUGGGCUCCAUACCGGUAUCGGUUCACGAGACCAUAG